AUUCAGCAAGGUCUUGUAAGCGAUUCAAGGGUGCUGGAUAUUAGAGAUGUAGAGUUGGCGACAGCCAAAGUACUUGAGAGUGGUAUACCAGUGUUAGUUGUAUCGUUUAAUACGCAGGAAGUUAUAGUAUUUCGUGAUCGAAUGACCAAAGAAAUAAUAUAUGGACGAGAAGAUCAAAUCGAUCAAUCCACAUACUUAUGUGUGAUUACCAAGCAAGAAGAUUAUUUAACAGAUCCCAUAACAACCGGAUGGAGAAUUAUAGGUAAGAUUAAUGAUAGUGUUCCGAAUAUAUAA